AUGAUGACGCCCACUCUGCCCAUCCUACUCAUCCACUCCGCCGCCGCGUGGGCGCCCGACGCGCCUCGUUACUGGCCAAAGUAUGGCGGCAGCCGCCAGGUCCGCCUCCUCGACGGCGCUUGGCGCUACGGCUUCAUCGACGGCUGGGAUUCGGGCUUCGACUCGAUGAAUGCCAGCUUCAGGCCGUCGGACGGCGCGACGCCAAACAUGACGAGCGUCCCCUCCUGCAUGGACGUCGUCGCCGGCGGCGCGGGCGGCUACCUCGGCCCUCGCGGCGUCGGCCUCUUUCGGACCUCCUUCCGCAGCCCCGCGGCCGGCUCGGCCGUGCGGCUGCAGUUCCAGUCGUGCUCCUUCUACUGCCGCGUGUGGGUCAACGGGAGGGAGGUGGGCGACCACCUCGCCGGCGGCUACGUCGCCUUUGCCCUCGACGUGCCUGCAGACGCCCUCUCUCCCGACGGCGGCGGAGAGAACGAGCUCUUCCUCCCGGAGGCGCCUCAUAAAAGCCGCUCGCUCGCAGACAACCGCUUCAACGCGACCACGGCGCCGAUGCACACGGGGGGCGACUUUUGGCACUACGGCGGGAUCACGCGCUCGGUCGAGCUGCACGCUGUGCCGGAGGCGGGACCGCUCCUGUGGCGGGCGCAUGUGGUGCCGUCCUCGUCGGCGGUGGAGGCAGAGCAGCCCGACGGCGCGCCGGCGGCGGUGGACAUCUCCCUCGUGCUGAGCGGCGUCGAGGGCGGGCGGGAGGAGCUCAAAGGGCAGGGAGAGCUCGGCGGGAAGGCAGAGUCUGGAGGGGCGGUAGGUGCCGCAUGCCCCGCGCCCGUCUACUACUUCUCCCUCGCCUUCGACGGCGGGGAGGCGGUGGCGAGGAACGGCACCGCGUCGGGCGGGACGGUGCGUCUUGAAGGCGUGCCGGUGCCGGACGCGAAGCCGUGGUCUCCGGAUGCGCCGCACCUGCACACGCUGACGGCCACCCCGCGGCGGGCAGCUGCGUGGCUCUUCCGGGGCCGUUGCGGGACCUUUCCAGGAGGCCUCCCUGCGACGGCGCGACUCACCCUCAACGGAGAGGUUGCCAAGCUGGUUGGCUGGAACCACCACACACAGUGGCCGGCGAGCCCGACCGACGAGCAGCUCGACGCCGACAUCGCGCUGCUCCGCAAGGGCGGCGCCAACCUCGUGCGGGGAGCGCACUAUCCGCACGACCCCCGCUGGCUGGACCGGCUCGACGAGGCUGGGAUCCUCUUCUGGUCCGAGACGCUCGGCCCUGCGGUCAGCGUCGCAAACACGAAGGACUGGGCCUUCUUCAUGGUGCACCAGAAGCGGCAGCUCUCCGAGAUGAUCGACAACGCCAUCAACCACGCGGCGGUCUUCGCGUGGGGCUGGAGCGGAGCCUGCUACGAGCACGCGAGCCUCGUCGCCUUCAACGACUACCCCGGCUGGUACUCGUCCAAGUCGCCGCGUGUGUGGGACGGCUUCGCGGCGGCGGUGGCCGAGGGGACGACGGCGAGCGGCCGCCACACCGUCGGCAAGCCGAUGAUGAUCUCAGAGACGGGCGCCGCCCUCCCUCGCGCCGGGGGCGUGUACGAGUGGGGCGACAACGCGACCGCGUCAAAGUGGACGCUGCAGUACCAGUCGGCGGUGAUCGGCGAGGACGUCGACGUGGCGUUGGCCAACGACCGCAUCUCGGGCAUCAGCUUGUGGCACUUUUAUGACUUCAAGGAGAACGGCACCCACUGCACCUACGACCACCCGCCGCCCACCACCUUCGAGGAGCUCCGCCGGCUCGGCCCGCCAAAUUGCACCGCCAUCGCGCCAACCUUCCGGCCCGGAGGCACCAACCACAAGGGCGUGCUCGACUUCUGGCGGCGGCCGAAGCCGGCGUUCGCGAUGGUGGCGGCAAAGUACCGCGCGGCGACGGGCAGGCCCACUGCCUCAGAGUCUGCGAUUAUUGUCCAGUAA